AAAAAAAACCAUAAAUCUAACUUUCUUAAGUAUACACACAAUUAUCCUUAUCCCUUAAAUAAUAUAUUGAGUAAGAGCAAGUCCUAAGACUCAGCUUCUUCUCUAGAUAUUAUUCUUUUCAUUCUCUCCUUGCCUCUCUACUAGUCCUCUGUUUUCUUUUUCUGUUUACAGUUUUCAGAAACAGAGGACUAAAGAAGAGCAAAAGGAACAUAUUUUUUUUCAUUCUGUUCUGUUCUUUUUUUCCCCUGUUCUAAUCAAUUUUGUUUGUUUUCGGCGUUCGUUGAAAGCGAAAUCAUUUCCUCGCAAUCGCUUUCGAUGAUAGUUAAUUUCUUUCAUUGUUCUUGAGUGUAACAAAACAAAGCAAUUUAAAAACAGAGCAGAGGAUUUGUUUUGAUCUUUAUAUUUUCAGCAAAUGUCGUCUAUAGAAAUGGCUUCGAGGGAUGGUAACAAGAAAGAAAAGAAUCUCAAAGUUUUUGUUGGAGAUCGUUUCAACAGCUGUCGUGUUAUAAUUGUCGAUGAUUCUGGAAGUAACAAAGAUUGGAAAAGUAAAGAGGUUCUUGAAUGUUUUUCAAGAUCCUCUGUUUUUGAAACAGGGGAAUCUCUGCAGAUUCCUUCUUCUUAUCCGCUAGAGACCAAUUCCAAUCCAUUUUAUAAUCCGGGUCAACCUGAGACCUCGUCAAGAAAUGGUGUUAUCAUGGGAGCUGUUCAGUUUUGGGAAGCUCGGUCGCAGCAGUCAAGCUCGAGUCUAAGUCAAUCGCUAAUUGAUAGCAGGACAAGUUCUGGACUAAGUCUCUCCGACAUUUCGAAUUCGAGUUCAUUUUCUGAAUUUCUCAACGACCAGGCGAGAAAAAAUAACGAAAGUAGUAGUGAAGAAAUAGAUUCAGACAUGAGUAAUGUUUCAAAUUCUUAUGAGAAUGAUGGAGAAGGAAGAUGUUUUCUUGAGCUUGCUAGUUGUAGUACCCCUAGGAUAAGAGGACGGCAAGCAAAUGAAGAUGUUUGUAAGAUGAUUUUGGGUAACCGAAAAAACGAGCUAGAAUGGCUCGCUGGUCGCUACGCGGUUUCAAAGUUCUCGCCUCGCGGAUGUGGGCGUCUUCAGUAUAUGCUUAGAAUCCGAAGUUUCGAAAGGUGCAUUGGGACUCAAGAAAAAUAUCGGUCGAAUAUGAGGGAUAGAUAUAGGACAAAUACUGAGAAGGGAUCUGGGAGCAAUCCGAAUAGCGCAGUAGAAACUAAAAAUUUGUCUAGACUAAUAUCUUUUCGGGUGGAGAAUGUUUUGCAAGAAACAAUGGAUAAAAGUAACACAAUGGAGAAUCAGGCCGCCGCUUAUAAGCCGGAAAUUGCCAAUAAACCCGUCUUUACUGAAGCGGCAAGCAAUGAGAACGGUUCAAAGAAACCUGAAAUUGAGAGGAAAGCUACAGAAGAAAAAGAAGGGUUGAGGAAAGCUAUUGUGAAGGAAGGAGAAGAAACGAACAAAACCAUGGAGAUUGAGGAAUAUAGAAGCAACCCUCAAGAAGGGACAUCAAUGGUUUGUUUGGAUAGAAGAAAGGAAGAAGAAACUGUAAGUCACGUAUUAAGAGAGUGCGGUAAAGACGACAUAUUUUCACAAAACGAUGAAGACACAUCAAAAGCCGAGAAGCAAGAAGCUUCAGAACCGUUGUGCCUGAUUCUUGAAUCACCAAUAUUUCUAAAUGAUUUGGAUGAAAAUGAAACGGAAUAUGAAGAAAAUGAAGAUUACGAUGGAGAGAGUGUGUAUCAUGAUUGGAUUAGCGAUGUUUCGCGGCCACGAAGUUACUGGGAAGAUCUCAAGAAAGAACGGGAGCUCGAGGUUAUGAACAAGAAUUCAGAGAAAGAUGAUAUGUGGAACUUGAUCAAGUGGAGGACUGUUUCUAGCUUCCUCGAAGGUGGUUUUCGGGAAAAGAUUGAUAAAAUCAUGAUCUCCUGUAUGCAAAAGAGGUUAGAAGUAGAAAGCAAUCUUGUAGAAGAAGAAGAAGAAGAAGAUAACGAGGAGAGUUUGGUUGAGUGUUCAGCAAGGUGCCAAGAGAACCUAGAAGAAAAUGAAACAGAGAAGGAAAAUCUAGAACCAGUAACUGAAACACAGAUGAUAUGUGAUCUCAGAGAACAAAUCAAACUGCUUCAAAGAGAAAUGCUCGAACUAAAAAUUUUGGUCAAAUCUUGUGUCGAUUUUCAAAAAUCCAUGCAAUUCGAAUCACUGUCUGUUUCAGAUUCUCUGGAAAGAAAUUGUUCUGUCUGCUUGGAGAUGCCUAUAGACUCGCUUCUAUAUAGGUGUGGACAUAUGUGAACUUGUCUGAAUUGUGCUCAUGAGCUUCAAUGGAGUAGAAGGAAAUGUCGGAUCUGUAUGGCUCUAAUUGUUGAUGUUGUGAGGGCAUUUCUUGAUUCUUAGGGCACAAGAAACAGACGGGAAAAACAAACUUUAACCUAUUUCAGAAAUUUAACUUAGUAUAUAUAAUCAGAUUGUUUCACCUUACCAAGUAAAGUUUUUCUUUUAUAUUUUAUAAACUUUUACAUGUAUAUAUAAUAAGAAUGUUUGUAAUUUGUAAAUAUGGAUUUCUCUAAUUGUUGAUUUUAUGUAAUCAGAAUUUAAUGUGUUGGCCAAAAUCGUUGCAGCAAAAAACAUGAAAAUGAUAGUAUUCAAAUAAUUAAGGGACCCUUUGUAACGACUACAGAUAUAAAUUGGCUAAAGACAAAGUUUUUAGAUUGCCCAA